AACAUAUGCUAUAUCUGUCCACCAGUGGCCGUACAGGACUAUAAGCUUCCAGGGUCUUAAACACCUGCUGCCCUUGUGCUCUGCUCUCAUUGUUAGUGGGUACCUGCUGAAGAGAACCCAGACAGCAAACUAUAUUACAUGAUCUUCAUACCGGCACUUCUGAGAUAAAGACGUGAUCAGAGAACAUGAAUCCCAAGGCAGUAGUGGAUAAGCCCAAAUCCAAAAUCUCGGCAUCACGGAAACUCUCCCUAAAGAUGAUGCUUCUGGCGAGAGCAAUGGAGGAGUUGGACAAAGAAACGGUCGACAGGGAAGAUGAGAAGGUGCGAUACCUUGGGGAGAAACUGCCACCUCUACAGGUUUCUAGUCUUUCUAUGAAAGAGUUACAGCAUCUGUGCGAGCAGCUCCACGCAAAGCUAGGCACGACUGAUGAAGAACGUUAUGACUGUGAGGAAAAAGUGACAAAGCACAACAAAGAUAUCCGUGAGUUGAAACUGAAGGUGCAGGACCUGGGGGGUAAAUUCAAGAAGCCAGCGCUCAGGAAGGUGCGCGUCUCUGCAGACGAGAUGAUGCGCGCUCUACUGGGCUCCAAACACAAAGGCUCCAUGGACCUGCGGGGCAACUUAAAGUCUGUCAAGAAAGAGGACAACAAGGAGGUGUCGACAAGCGAGGUUGGUGAUUGGCGUAAGAAUGUGGAGGCGAUGUCGGGCAUGGAAGGCAGGAAGAAGAUGUUUGAUGCAGCCGGUGGGCAGUGAGCAAUGACUGAUCCGAGAUCUGAUGAAGAGGUGGAAGAGGAAGAGGAAGAGAAGUGCUCAACACAAUACAGCACGUGGAUUGCAAAUGUACUCGAGAUUAUAGUUAUGACCUUAGCAAUAGAGUGAAAUCAAAUAAAACCAAAGUAAAAAUUUUAAUUGGAAAGAACUAAACAUAAUUUGCCAAACGUGAUGUACUUGUCUUAUGCUAUUGAGUAUAUUCACAAAAUGUAAGGUCUUUCCUUGUGUGGUAAAGAUUUACAAUAAAUCCAUUUAAUAAAACUCCAUCUAUAGGAGUCUCACACAGAAGACAGAUUCAGUAACAUGGAGGUGUUAGGCCAGUAAACAGUGAAACUGGCUUCUCUUGUUGCUCAAUAAUAAAUGGAUGCAUCAAUAAUAAACUAUGUGAACUAGUUUUU